AUUAAACCGACCGGUCGGACCGAACCAGAACCCGCCCGGUUUACACAAAAACGGAAGCUCCUUCGUUUCUUUCUCCCUUUCUUUUCUUUCAUUCAGAAAGAAAUCACACAAACCCAGCCAAAAAACCCUAGCACUGUAAGCCUACACCACAGCCGCAAGGAGUUGCAUACUGCCGCCGUCCGUCGCACUCAAAGUUUGCCAUCCGUCCGUCUAUCUAGCUUCCCUCGUGCUCCAAGUCUUCAACCCCUGUUCGCUGUCACCGAUCGCGGCUGCUUCCUCGAGCUCGGCGUCCGUCGUCUUUGUCUGCUCAGCCGCGCUUCCGUCGCCGUUUGUGUGCCGUUCAUGUUCGGGUUUUCGUUCAGCUGUCGUCUUCGUUCGCGUUCUUCGCCGUUCAUGUUCGCUCGGCGUUCACUGUUCGCGUUCACUCGCCGUUCACCGUUCAAGUUCGCAUUGGCGUUCGUCUGGAAGCCACGUUGCUCUGCUUCAAACUCUGCAACCAACCCGCGCGCUCCACCUAGCCUUCGAACGGCUCUCUUUUGCCAUGAGUUCCCUAAACCCGCCACCAUACAAUACACUCACACAACACCAAUACUCUGCUUCAAACUCUGCAAUUUCUGAUUUCCAUUACAAUAAAUAUGAUGAUUGGUCACGCUGCUUCCUCUUCUCUGUUGACAUCCCGAGAGGAGGAAUUCAACAAUCAUGAACAAGCUUCCCUUUACUUGAAGACUUUGACUAGGCCCUCUGAAGUUGGUGAGAUGGAGGCAGAGUGUGCAAUCAAGAAUGAUGUAACUGAAUUAAUAGGUAAUACCCCAAUGGUAUACCUGAACAAAAUAGCAGAGGGGUGCGUAGCCCGAAUUGCUGCUAAGUUAGAGUCCAUGCAACCCUGCUCCAGUGUCAAAGAUAGGUUAGCAUUUAGCAUGAUCAAAGAUGCUGAAGAAAAAGGUCUCAUCACACCUGGAAAGAGUGUUCUUGUUGAGGCAACGAGUGGUAACACCGGCAUUGGGUUGGCAUUCAUAGGAGCAUUGAAGGGUUACAGAGUAAUAGUUGCCAUGCCUGCUUCAGUGAGCCUUGAGAGAAAAAUAGUACUUGGAGCUUUUGGAGCAGAGGUGUAUCUCACUGACCCUGACAAAGGAACUAUUGCAGUUAUUCAGAAGGCUGAAGAGAUUAUAUCCAAGACUCCUGGGAGUAUCAUGCUUCGCCAGAUUGAUAAUCCUGCAAAUCCCAAGGUUCACUAUGAGACAACUGGGCCUGAGAUAUGGAGAGACUGUGGAGGGAAAGUUGAUGCUUUGGUUGCAGGGAUAGGAACUGGGGGCACAAUUACCGGUGCUGGCAGGUUCCUUAAGGAGAAAAACCCCAAUAUCAAGGUGUAUGGUAUAGAACCAGUUGAAAGUGCAGUCCUAAGUGGAGGAGAGCCAGGUAUUCACCAAAUACAAGGGAUUGGUAAUGGCAUCAUUCCUGGCGUACUGGAUAUUAAUCUCCUAGAUGAAGUUAUUCAGAUAUCAAGUGAAGAAGCUAUAGAGACUGCCAGGCAACUUGCCUUGAAAGAAGGUUUGCUGAUGGGAAUUUCAUCAGGUGCUGCAGCUGCAGCUGCAAUAAAAGUGGGGAAGAGACCUGAGAAUGCAGGGAAGCUCAUUGCUGUGGUGUUUCCCAGUUUUGGAGAGCGUUACUUGUCUUCGCCAUUGUUUGAACAUAUUAGGAACGAAGCUGAACAAAUGACAUUUGAGUAGGAUCAGAAAAUCCAAACCAAAAGACACUGCAACCAUGUGUUCCGCUGCUCCCAGAAUUUUAACCAAAACUAAACCAUAGUGUUGUUAUGUGUGGCAUAAGUUGCUCAACUGAAGAUGAUAUGAUAUCAGUUUUUAAAAGAAAAAAUAAUACAAAGGAAGAAGAAAACGAUGUUGUUUUCUUCGUCUUACUACAGUAAUUUUUUUGGGGUAAUCUAAUAGAAGUGUUAAGUGUAACUUCUGUGAUGGAACUCGUGCUUUCACACUCCUUUUUUGUGUUGUGUAAGCAUAUGGUAUUUUUGAGUAUUGAUGAAUUCCCCAUUUGGCUAUAUUUUUA